AUGGCCACCUUCAACGUCCUCUACCCCUCCGGUCCUGACUUUGACCUAGACUACUAUCUGAACCACCACUUUACCAUUGUCGAAGAGAACUGGAAGCCCCUCGGCCUGCAGAGCUGGGAGGUCAUCGUGCUCGAACCCGGCCAAAAGUACCAGAUCCAGGCGAUCCUCAGGUGGGACUCGCUCGAGUCGGUGGCCAAGGCGACGGCGGGCGAGGCCGCGGCCAAGGUGUUUGCGGACGUUCCCAAGUUCACGGCGGCGAAGCCGGACGUUGUGUUUGGUGGCAAGACGGGUGGAAAGAGCUUGCUGUGA